AUGGCGCUUCCCGGCGUGAUUGGGGACUUCGCUGAACCAAAAACGCUACUUCUCUUCCUCCUUUCAUUCGUAGUUCUAUACACCUGCGCCAUACUAUAUCAGUCCUACGCUCACAAAAUCCCCGCAAAUUCGCCCCCUCAAGUCGACGACGACCUCCCCAUAACCGGUGCAUCUGGCUGGUUUACUCGACGAUGGGAUUGGUGCCAGGAAAAACGCGAUCGGUCAAAGACCGGCAACUUCUCCUUCCAUGCGGGAUCAAGAUUGGUCAUCGGGCUUUGUGGUGAAAAUGGACGGCGAACUUUCUUUGAGUCCAAGGGUCUGUCCUUCACUAAAGGCUACGAUGUCUUGUUUGGAGGCGGUCCGAAUUCCAGCACCCGUGCCCAGAUCCGGUCUGAUCCUGACUUGACACCGUGGUUCAAUCGUCAGAUAGUAAACCUCUUGAAAAGCGAUCAUCUUCAAAAAAGAUUAGCUACCCUCAUAUCUGAUACCAAAGACGGUAUCGAAGCCAUUAAGCAAGAUCCAAGUGGCUGUACUGAUCCGUUUACGAGUAUUUAUAACAUCGUCUUUCGUCUUACCAUCCGUACGCUAGGUGCAAACGAGAUUGUUGAGAAUGAGGGUUUGCUAGAAGCGUUUGCAAAGAAUUUCGGAAUAAUCGACAAGAGUUCGAAUGCUACAACGAUCUGCUUCCCUAAGUUUCCCUCGCCGUCCCUUCUUAAGCGGUACUUUGCGGGAGCGCAACUAUUUUCGAUUGUGGCAAAAAUUAUCAAGACGCGUGAGACAACUGGAAAGAAGUACGAUGAUGCUUUGCAGUUCCUGCAGGAUCAGGGUAGUAGCACUCUCGAUAUAGUCCGGUUCAUCCUUGCGGCCUUGUUCGCUGGAGUACUCAACAGUGGCAUUAACGCCGCGUGGGUUCUCAUCUAUCUUGCAACCUCACCAGAGUGGCAGAAAAAGGUGAGGGAUGAAGUAUGUGGGGUUGCUGCAAAAUACGCCAAGGAUCCGAAUAUGCCGUUGGUCAGGCAGCUUGAAGACGUUCCCUUGGAAGCGUGGGAGUCGGAGUUCCCCAUCAUCGAAAUGUGCCUACGCGAUUCUAUGCGUCUCGGAAUAUCCAGCAACUUAUUUAGGCGGAACAUAAGCGGAAAACCUAUACCCACAGGCAACAAUAACGAGGUGAUUCCACCAGGGGCAGUUGCGGUCUAUCCUGUAGGCGAUAUUCAUUUCGACCAUGAAGUCUAUCCUGAUCCGUACAAGUGGGAUCCGUCCCGUUACCUGCCGGAGCACGCACAAGACACUAAAGCCCAUGACUUCGUUGGUUGGGGUUCAGGACGACACCCUUGCCUAGGCAUGCGCUUUGCCAAACUAGAGCAAAAUCUCAUCACCGCGUUCUUUGUGACCAACUUCAACUUUGAUCUUGAGGAUAAACAAGGUAACAAGGUCACUACACCCCCGGCUAUCAACGUCAAUGACCAUUUUCCAUCCAAGCCAGCACUUUCACAUUUUAUUAGAGUGACACCGAGGGAGAAGUAG